UAAGGUUACCACAGCACGGCUAACGUCAAGUAUAAAGGGAAUAACAUGGUGGUGCUGUGGAGUGCGUGUUUACGCUAAGAGAGAACAACAGAAAGAUAUCAAACAGCCUUUUACUUGUACAACGCCUUUUUUUAGUCUAGUUUUUAAAAUUUACCACGCGUUCUGGUAUGUGAUUGCCUAACUCCCCAUGUGCCACUUGUCCCAAUGGAAAGGGGGUUUCAGUUUGGAAACGUGUGCACAUCCCUGCUGCUGUUGCUUAUUUUGAGAACGCUAACGGGCACUUUGCAAAGUCAGUCUCUCUCAGAGAGCGAACCCGAAGCGCUCCCGACGCCAGAAACAGAGGCGGCAGAAGAUGCUGGCGUUAUGGAGCGGGCACUGGACAACGUCGGUGGAGCCCCCAACAUUGGAGAAGUGACCGUUGAGGACGUCGAGUAUUACGGCUCGAGCGGAGACACCGAAGAACCGUCUGGAGACCGCGACACAAACUUCCGUCAGCGAAGAAGGGCUCUGGUAGUCAUCAGCACUUUGGAUGGGAGAAUCGCAGCACUGGAUCCUCUAAACCAGGGACGCAAACAGUGGGACCUGGAUGUUGGCUCAGGCUGUCUAGUGUCCUCUACUCUCAGCAAACCAGAGAUUUUUGGGAAUAAGAUGUUCAUUCCAUCUUUGGAUGGAGCGUUGUUCCAGUGGAACAGGGACAGGGAGAGUAUGGAGGCCGUCCCUUUCAGCGUCGAGUCCCUGUUGGAUUCCUCGUUCCGGAUUGGAGAAGAUACUGUGCUGGUGGGUGGCAAGUCCCUCACUACGUACGGCCUGGGCGCAUACAGUGGCAAGUUGAGGUACAUCUGUUCAGCGGUGGGCUGUAGUCAAUGGGGGGAUGAGGAAGGGGAGCCAGAGGACGUUCUGGUACUCCAGAGAACACAGAAAACUGUCAGAGCAGUGAGGCCUCGAAGCGGCUUUGAGAAAUGGAACUUCAGUGUGGGAAACUUCGAGCUGAAAUUUGUCCCUGAGAUUCAGUCCAACCUCAACUUCCUAGAGGGGGAGGCGUCUAACGGGGAGACGUGGCGUGAGGUCCGACAUGAAGCACAGCGGGUGAUCCAAGAGGACACCGAUGCACAAACCAAAAAUCAUGCUAAUACACAGCCAAACUCGCACGCUCAGGUAGAAGGUUUAGACCUGGUCAUCAAAGUCUCUGUGCCAGAUUGGAAAGUCAUGGCCUUCAGCACCAAAUCAGAAGGACAACUGAUCUGGGAACAUCAGUUUUGCACACCCAUUGCCUCUGCAUGGCUGGUUGGAGGGGGCAAGGUGACCCCCAUCAGCCUGUUUGAUGACACCACCUAUACUUCCCAGUCUGAUACUGAGGCUCAGGAGGAUGAUGACAUCAUGGAAGAGGCACGUGGGGCCACAGAGUCCAGCGUUUACCUGGGGAUGUUUCAGGGUCAGUUAUACCUUCAGUCGUCUGUCCGGAUCUCUGAGAAGUUUCCAUCAAACCCCAAAGCUUUAAAUGGCCGGGGCAGCAACACUGAUAUGAAACCACCGCCUACUGUCAAAUGGAAACCCCUCAUUCACUCCCCCUCUCGUACCCCAGUCCUGGUGGGCUCUGAAGAGUUUGAUAAGUGUCUGAACAAUGAUAAAUUCUCUCAUGAGGAGUACAGCAAUGGAGCUCUAUCUGUUCUUCAGUACCCAUAUGAUAAUGGAUACUACUUUCCAUAUAGCCCCCGUUACCGCAAUCGUCGUGAUGAAACUGCUGUAAGUGUUUUGCUGAAGAAAGAUGGAAAUGGGUCACAGGUGAGAAGAAAAGACCCUGUGUUGCUCCUUCCGUGGUGGAAAGAGAUUCUGGGUACCAUCAUCUUCUGCAUCGCUGCCACCACCUACAUUGUCCGCAAGUUCUUCCAUCCACCCACAGCAUACAUACGGCAACGGAAGGAGUCUGAGACACAGUGUCAGACCGACAGCAAGUUUGAAGUUGACGUCACAGAGCCUAAAGAAGUUAUUAUCACUGAGACGCGACCUAGUGAAUAUGUCUCCAGGUACCUGACAGACUUCGAGCCUGUUCAGUGUUUGGGUCGCGGUGGAUUCGGUGUUGUGUUUGAAGCACGGAACAAAGUGGACGACUGCAAUUAUGCCAUCAAGAGGAUCCGCCUACCCAACAGGGAGUUGGCUCGUGAGAAGGUCAUGAGAGAAGUGAAGGCACUCGCUAAGCUGGAACACCCAGGCAUUAUCCGUUACUUUAACGCUUGGCAGGAGAGCCCGCCCCAGGGCUGGCAGGAGGACAUGGAUAAACGCUGGCUCAAAGAUGCCAGUACCGCUGAAUGGUUGCUGAGCUCUCCUGAUCACAUGGAAGCAUUCUCAGUCAAAGUUCCUGUGUCCACCCCGUCUCCAAUAGACUCCUCAUGCAUGUGUGCAGCUGGUGGGGAUACGAGUGUGUGCGUGGGGGAUCAGGUGUGCGUGGAGGGUCUGUUGCCAGACAGUAUGAUGUCGGAGCGAGACAGCCAGGCCGAUCCAGAUGCUGUCCUGGAAGUCUCCGAUUCCCCCCACUCCUUCGAGCUCUGCCCUCCCCGCACGGUUGUUCAUGGCGACUGCACUUCUUCUUCCUUUGAUAUCGUCUUUGAAGACUCGGGCUGUGAACAUCAGGAUAAUGACAGCGACCUCAGCAGUAGUACAACUGUGCCACCUGCGUGCCCCUCACGAUCUAGCUCCAAACCCCGGUGUAGUACAUCAACAGGACCACCCUCUUCCUCGCCUCCACGCCCCACUUCUCUAAACCUGGCUCUUGCCACCCCUAGCGCUGCCACACGGCCCCCGCUCACACCUAAAGUCUAUCUGUACAUCCAGAUGCAGCUGUGCAGGAAGGAGAACCUGAAGGACUGGAUGGCACAGAGGUGUCUGCCUGAGCUCAGGGAGCACACGCAGUGUCUGGACAUCUUCCUGCAGAUUGCAGAGGCUGUGGAUUUCUUGCACAGCAAGGGACUUAUGCACAGAGAUCUUAAGCCUUCUAAUAUCUUCUUCACGAUGGAUGACGUGGUGAAGGUGGGAGACUUCGGGCUGGUCACUGCCAUGGAUCAGGAGGAAGAUGAUGAGGAUUUGAGUGCACUUACACCAAUGCCAGUCUAUGCCCGUCACACUGGCCAAGUGGGCACCAAACUCUACAUGAGCCCUGAGCAGCUGUCUGGGAAUUCUUACUCUCACAAAGUGGACAUUUAUUCUCUCGGCCUGAUCCUUUUUGAGCUCCUCUGUCCGUUUCGCACACAGAUGGAGAGAGUCAGAACUCUCACAGAAGUCAGAGCCUUGCAGUUUCCUAUUGCUUUCUGUAGAGCCAAUCCCCAUGAAGCUCAGAUGGUGCGCUGUAUGCUUUCCCGAGUACCCUCAGAACGUCCCGAGGCAUCAGACAUCACAGAAGCCCCUUUGUUUCAAGAUCUGGAGGUGCCCUGCCGAAUCCGACAACGCACUCGAACGUACAGCGCAUCUUCUGCCGGGCGACCAACGCGACAGAUAUCCUCAUCAAACUAGGACUCGCACACAGAGACACUUGUACUGUGCCUCCACUGCGGGAAGACAAACACAACCUGUCACCACCUCUCAGCACACACUUCAUUUUACUAACAGGCUACUUUUAUACCUGAAGCUUCUGUUGCUGAACUCCCAGGUCAUUCCAUUAUCUUCUAAAACUGCUCAAGCACAUGCAUUUAACAUCGUGGUAGUGAAAAAAAUGAUGGUACUGCCCACCGCGUCACAUUCUUAACUGGCCUAUCAUGGCUGUAUUUGCUAAAGAUGUUUUCUUUACCCCUUAGCAGCCUUCAUACAUUUUUAAAAGCCCCUGAUUCAUCGUUGACCAAUCCCAUGAUUCCUUACUCUGUUACAAGAACCGUUUUCGCACACACACACACACACACACACAGUUGCUAAUGAAUGCUGAUGAAUGAUCUGCCUUUGGCUGCUGUUUACUUUGCAUGUCUUAAACAGGAAGUGCAAAUCGCGCCUUCCUGUCCGAACAGAAAUUGUAAGAGUUAUUUUCUUCUGUAAUGUAAAUACAAGGCAAGCAAGAAAGAGACUUUGUGUGCUUUUUAAAAGUGCACAUUCAAGAUUGGACGCACAAGUUAUGAGGCAUUACAGCCACUUGCUGUUUACGGGUAAACUGUUUUAGUGGCAAAAGGUGAAUGCAAAUGGAAAUAAUCAAACUGCCUUUAAGCUGGAGACAUGAAUGACAAAUUUUUGAAUACGGUCAGUAUGAAGCUUCUGCGCUGUCAUAUUAAGUGAAUGGAUAGGGACGACUUUAACAAAACAUUUUGUAAAAUAUUUCACUCAUUAGCACCCAAAAGUAGUUUACAGUAUCUCUAAUAGUUUUCGAAAAAUACAUUGUACAGUCUGAAUAAGAAGUGCUUUAACUAGUCACAUGAUAUUAUAGAAUACAGCCAGAUGAAUCACUUCUACCAAAUAUUCAGCAUACACCCUUAAUUGUAACAUAUCAGGUGAUGACUGAUUGUAUGAUUUUCUUAUCGAUUUCGAUUAGAAGGGCCAAUGUAAUUUUCUUUUGUAUAUGAUUGAAUUUUCUGUAUAGUAACUGCUUUUUACACGUUUUUCAACUUCUACGGACCUUUUUUCCUAUGAAUUACUGUCAAAGAUUGAGAAUGGAGAUGGUAGAUCUUUACUCGGAUCUCUACUCUCAUCUGUGCUAAGCUCUGUCUGACCAAUAGACAUGUUUGAAGAGCACUGGGUGACUUUGCACCUUCAGGAGCAGCUUUUGUAUGUAUGUGAAUACUGGCGUGUUUCCUAAACAGGCCAUUAUGCUGCAGAACGGACCUGAGAUUGACCUCUGACCCUUAAUCACAAUCACAGAACCUGAGUAGGACGCUGUGACCUGUAAUCCACAUCGAGGACCGCUUUGUGAGCCCUUUACCUUUUAACGUGUAGCUGUAAAUCUGACCAAGUGAUGAUAACAAAGUACUGAUAUUCUUGUUUGUACAGAUCACUCUGGCAAUUUAUGGUUACAGGGCGAAGCCCUUCCAACAGAUCUUUUUCUGUCUAAUGAUCCUCAGUUUAAAUCGCAUUCAUUUUAUGGACUGCUGUUUUUGAUAAUUUCCAGCUUACGUUAUUACCGUUAAAUUGGGGUUGAGUUAGUUUUGUGUGCGACACAAUUCAAACACUUUCGUUGUUUACUGUCUGUUUUGAUUUCCCUGUGAAUGUUGAAAUGGCAGAUUCAUGUUCCUUUAGCCCAACAUUGUCUCCAGCGGUCUAUGUAAAUAUGUUUAUUUGUUUUUAUUUAUGUUCGCUGCAAAAAUCAAUCCGUUGGAUUGGUUGAGUUAUAAAUAAGGUAUAUUAAUGCACUUCUUCCAGUGAAGUGCGAUGAAAUAUUGUGACUUCUUACAAGUCAGAAUUUAAUAAACGAUCUAUGAUGUU